AUGAUCCAGCGACCUCGCAAUCGGCAAGGGCGUAAACAGCAGAAUAACCAGAACAAUAAGCAGCCGCCUGUCAGAGGCGGAGGUGAUAGUCGGAAGCGGUCAAAUGGGAGCUCUAGUCAUUCGCUGUCUCUUGUCCCCACUGUCCGUCAAGUCAUCUCUGGUGCCCACGUAUCUAUCGUCCUGAAAAUUGAUCAACCCACCGGCCAUCAAGUACAAGGGACAGUUGCGGAGGUUCUUACUAGUGGUGAUCAUCCUCGGGGUAUUAAAGUUAAGCUGGUCGAUGGGCGGGUUGGCCGUGUGCAGCGUAUGAUCACGGAGGCGGAAGCGAAGGCUGGAUCCUCGGGUUUGACCAAUUUAGACAGGAACGGAGAGCCUAGCGUCACCUCUCACCUUGCUGCGUCGUCGAAUCAGUCUUGUUUCCGGAAUUCUUUCAUUCGCCAAGAAUCUGGAAUGAAUCCGACGCCGGUCGGGUUCAAUUUAGAGCAAGGGGCAGGUAACUGCGGACAGGACUUUGGGAGAACAUCUUCUGAUUCUACCACCCAGAUCUGUCCAGUGUGUUACGAUUUCGAGGGAGACGAAGUAGCCAUUGCACAUCAUGUGGAUUUCCAUUUUGCCUGA